AUGCAAUACUAUUGUUUGUGGAUAAACGCAAAACAAAAAAUCAACAAUGAAAACUUGAUUCCGACAACGCUCACUCAUGAUCCCGACUACAUACGGUAUUUACUGCUUGGACGUUUUGUCCAUUUCUCUUCUUGUUGGCAUUUUGUCCAAUUCUCUACUUGCUGGCAUUUUGUCCAAACCUCUUAUUUGGCAUUUCACAACCCUCCCAUGUCCUCUUUUUUACAUUAUUCUUUUUCUCAACAAAUUUAUUUAUUUAUUCAGUCUUUUUUCUCUUUUUCUCGCUCCACCCCUCACAUUUUAUGUUUGUAUUUACUUUCCUUAUUAAAAGAACGGGGGGAGUGUUUUCUUAGUUCAAAAAGCAUUUUUAAGUGUUUUUGUAUUUUAUUAAAAAAGAUUAUUAAAUACAUAUGUAUUUUUUAGCAAAAUAUUAUUUUGAGUGUAGUCGACACCUUUUUGUGCUCCUUUUAAAAUUUUACUGUAGGUUACGGUAUUAAUUCUUAGGAUUUUUUGAAUUUUUAUUUUAUUUCUUAAUGUUACUGUAAUAAAGUGUUUGUGGGAAUACUGUAAAUCUCCUAAUAGAAACACACCUUCCAACAAGCACAAUAAGCACACACCCUCCGAGAGGGUUAAAGUAGAGUUCAUCGGGAUCGGGAUUAUCCCAGGUUUUUGGACCCCAGUCCCGAUUUUUCAGAUCCCACCCAAAGGUAAAUUCCUAUCCCGGUUUUGAAUGAUCCCGAUGUCGGGUCGGUAUCACCAUUCCAAAAUCCUGAUCCCGAUUUUUUCUCAAAUCCCGAUACUGCUUAACUCUAGUUGAAAAAUAGAAGUUCUAUUAGAUUUACUGUAUUAAAAUUUAACCUUUUAAAAAUCAGUGUCGUAUUGGGGAGGAGAGGGGGAGAUGUAUUGGCCUUCUUUAAAUUUCCUAAUUAAAAUCUCUCAGUCAAGCUACAUUUAAAUCUAUAUCUCUUAUAAGGUUGUCAUAUUUUAAAGGGGUAUAUCCUGUUAUUUGCCCCCGCAUUUUCAUUUUUCCCCAUUCUUCCCCAUUCUAUUUAUUCUUAAUCAAGUCUCAUUCUAUAGUUCAUUCCAUUUCCCUGUGGCUUAUUCAAAUGCG